UCCUUCUGUGCCCCCCUCAUUAUUAUUAUUGUUGGUUGUCUCUGCUAUUUUCUCUCUCUCUCUCUCUGUCUCUCUCUUUCUCUCUCCGGCUCAUUCUCUAUUUCUUUUUCGACUCUUUCGUUCUCGGGAUAGCCGGUCUCGAUUCUUCGUUCCUUUACCUUUUCCUCCUUUCUCCCCGUCCUUUAGAACUGACUGCGUGGAAAAGCAUCCUGGUGAUGCGGUCGGCGAUCCACCAUUGAUUUCCGUUCCCCUGUUCGUUAUUUACUUCGCGGCAGCCACUUAACGACUUGCAAAGAAUCUACAACAAACCACCCCCUGUUUCGCUUGUUUAGACCGUCGAAGUCUUUCCGUCAAACUAUCCCCUUGACUCUCAAACGAGCACACCGCAUCCUCGUCUUUCUCCUUUCCCCUCCUUUAAUCCUGCAACAUGCCGUCCAUCCCACCUCCCCUGACUAUAUCUCACCGCCAUACUCGGAGUCGCUCCUCCAACAUCGACAUCGACCCCAUUUCUCCUGGCACCUACGCUCCCAACGGCUUCUCCUACCGGUCGCCUCGGUCGCCUCAUACGCCUCGUUCAUCCAUCCCCUCUUCUCCGGUGGAUGUCCGCCCUCACCACACUCAAUCAUUCAAUGGCUCCCAUAGAAUGUCGGGCGACUUCGGCGGUGCAGGCAACGAAGGCGGCGGACUAGGAAACUUGGCAGAUGAGCUUGCAGAUGCAUGGGAGGAGGAGGAAGGUGGUUACGGAUACACGUCGGGCCAGGAUACUGGGGCCCCUGACGCACAGUACGUGGACCGCAGUGACGAUGAAGAUGCAUACCACCGCAUGGGCACCGGGGCCCGCACACCCUCAUCGGGCUACUCGUCGGAACGGAAUUCUUCUCUGCAGCCUCCGAGGCCCAAGACCCGUAAUGGUGCCCAUCGCCACCGGCGACACGAGUCGCAAUAUGAUGGCUCCGAUUAUGGGAAUGAUUCGGAUUUCGAGGAAGCGGAUAUGCCGCCUAGCCUAGAGAUGCAAAUGGCGGAGAUUGAGAGUCUGGCUCGUCGCGGAUUAGAGAACAAUGGCAGCGAGAAUGACUUCGUUAUUCAACGGGCGGUGGAAGCUCUCCGGGAUCUUGGCGGGCAGAGUGGGAUUGAAAAUAACGCGAUGAGACUCAUCACCGCACACUCAUCCAUCACCUCACAUCUUACCCAUCAGACGCGGGCACUUCAGACCCUCACCCACCCUCUCCUUUUCUCGCCAUUUCCGCUCCUUUCCUCAGACGCUAUAGACGCGCUCAUUCCUCUCAUCGACGAAGAACUCCUGCCUAACCUCCCCUAUCCUUUCCCGGAACAGCCACGUCACUCCUCGAGACCCACUACCCCCUCCCAGUCACCGGCCCUGAACCCUCUUGUCUCGCUGCAGACCCUUGUGUCGCAGACAUCCGACAUCACCCUGUCGCUCCGAGGCCUGAGCGAUACGUUGUAUGAGUCGCGGCAGCUAACGUCCACUGCAUCACGACGACUCCGGUCUGCUCGCGAACUCGUAGCCGACCUCCGCCGCGAGGAAGAAGGUGUUGAAGAGGGGACUCGGUGGAUCGAACGAGGCGACUGGGACCGCCGACUUCGGGAUCGCGAAGCCGGCCGAGUCUGCGGAGACGUAGUCAGUGGCUUCGAGGCGGUGUGCGGUGAAUGGCGUGAGAAGCUCUUUGGAGCAGCUGCUGGAGCCGAAGUGGCUGCUGCUUGAGAUGACUAUUUCCUAAAGGUAAAGGGGGAGGGAUAAUGGAUAUAGACAAGGACGGAUGCUACCAGUUUCUUUCUUCUCAUGGGAUAAAUUUCUUUUUGUCUUUUUCCUUUUUGUUGCCCUUGACAUCCCAGAUAUAAUGUCUCGAGUACUACUGCCAGAGAUAGCGGCCAUACCCCCUUUUGCAAUUUUCCUUUCUAGUAUAUAGAUUAUUUCAUCUGGGUUCAUCCUGUUCAUGUUCACCCACCUACAUAUUCCAGAACUUCAUUCCAUCGAGU